CGUCGUCUCUUUCCUCCGUCGGCUGUCCCGCAGCCCGAUGCCGCCGGCGGCGGCGGCGGCGGUGGCUGCCGCCCGUCCGAGAGCGCCGCGCCUCUACCUGAAGACCCACGGGACCAGGGUCGCGAGGCUGCACCUGCUCGACUGGGUCGUGCUGGCCCUCCUCGUCGCCCUCGACGGCGCGCUCAACGCCAUCGAGCCCUUCCACCGGUUCGUCUCCGGUACCCGCUCAAGGACACCGUGCCCGUCUGGGCCAUGCCGGUGCGUCGCCUGCGCGCGUGAAUCGACGACGACGAGGUGCUCGCCGUCAUCGCGCCGGUGGCCAUCGUUGCCGGGAUAUACGUGAGGAGGAGAGGUAGUCCAGUGCGGUGCUUUUGAUAGUGGAAGUGAUCUCGAUAAAAUCCCAGUGGUAGUGAUCUCGAUAAACUAGAAGUAAGCACUUUAUUCUUCUUUUUAAGAGUAUAAAGAAGACUAAAGUGCUUACUUCUACCUGUCCAGUACAGUGAUAGUUCACCAUUAACCCAAGUCAAAUAUUAGCACUAUAGUAUUCUUAUGAAGUAAAUGGUGGUAGCAUCUAUUAAAUGGUUUAGUAAUCGUUUAAAAUCUGGUACCCUGAUAAUUUCUAUUACAUCUUUUUACUGUAGUUUCAGCAUAUAUGUAUGUCUGCAUUUGUGACGACUUGAUUUUCUUGGCAUUCAAGUAUCCAGCUGGUAUUAAGAAGGUGAACUGCUGUAGUUGACAGAGAGAGAAAUGUGUUUUUUUAGUACCAAGAACUCGUUCUAGGAUGGUCUCUUUAUAUGCUCAUGGUCAUGGACAACAUACUGGUUCCCUGUUCUUUUCAGCACAGUAUUCUGUUGCAAGAUACAGUGCUAUUCCUCGUAGAAACCAUAAUGCAUUCUUUGUACUAAUGCAAGAUGUAACAGUAAUAAUAAAUACAUGACACUUUAUGUCUGAAAGAAAAUUCAAUCAUAAAGGAAUCAGUUGGGUAUGGAGUCAAUUUGAAAUUAUCACUAUUAGUGAAUGCAAAAUAUGUGCAAAUCAAUGUAAAAUUUUUUUGCUCUUAUGCUAUAACUUGCAUCAUGUAAAUAAACAUGACAAAGUGGACAUGGCAAGAUCCAUUAUCCAUUUCUUUUAAAUCGAAUUUCAAAUUGUUUACUUUGCAGCAUGGCUAGCAUUUCUUAUGUGAUCUAUAGAAUUGUGAAUAUGUUCAUGCUUUUCGGUGUCAAGUGGUGAUGGGAAAACACUUAAAUUAUUGUGUGUCAAAUGAGAGGUUUUUAGAUGAAUAAAGUUUUAUGCUAGCCAAAUAAAUCGUGUCUAGGUUCCCACCAUACAUUUAGAUAAAAGAAAAGCUAUAAGAUUUAAUAUGCAGGAUGGUUGGUACAUUCCCGAGAUCGUUUUGUACACUAUGUAAUGCUUAACAGUUGAGACCGAUUUGGAGUUUGGAACACAUCUAUUAGUUGAUAGCUAUUUUUUCCAUGAACAUUAGUUGGGCAGUAUUUAUUCUAAUAUAUUCUAGGGUAUGAAAAUGUAAAUGAAGAGUUUUAUGGUGCUGGAGUUUGGAGUUUGGAGCUGUAUGAUGUAUUUGAGAGAUGAAAUGAUAAAAUUGUUGCUUUUUA